CCCUCCCCCUCCGCCGCAGCCGCUCGCCCCCAGAGGCGCGGCCGCCCCAGCCCCGCGCGCCCCGCGGCCGCGCUCCUCUCCCCGUGCCCUGUCUCCUCUCCCGCUCGCCCGGAGAGCUUUUGUCAUGCACGAAAUCUAGAUCACAGUAACACUCAAUCUAGAAUCAGAUGGUCUGCGACUGACGUGUAACUCUGGUCCCUGCGCAGCAGAAGUGCUGUAGCCCACAGGUACAGAAGCUUACAAGCAAACGCGGGCCUACACUGGAAUCAAGCAUUUUGGUUCCAUUCAUUGCAGUUCCUUUAUAGAGGGCAGGCUCAGUGAUGCUAUUCAACAUGAUGAAAACAUGAAGGAUGUCACCUCUGGUCAGGAAAUUUUAAACCACUGAUUGCAAGAGGUGAGAGAGUAUACCAAAAGGAGUUGCCCUAUCUGUUCCCUCAGCCCUCACUACUAGCAUUUGAGACAAGUUGUCUGGCUAAUUGACCUUUAAACUUAUGUGGGAAUAGAGGAAACAGAGAUAAAUGAAGUAUGACUGAAUGGAAUAUUUUCCUUUUUUAAAAGCUGAGCAAUCUGGUCCCGAGGGAAGUUUGUGGCAGUAUUUACCCCCAGGGAGCCAAAUGAGGGAAAACAGGGCAAGGGACAUGGCAGGCCAACUCUGACUGUGGAAAUCCCAUUCCCCCUCUUCUUCCCCGAGGGCUGAAAAGGAGUUUCCUCCUCCAGUACUGCAAACCCUCAGGGAUCGCGGUGGAAGCAGCAAGACACGACGCACUCAACACCAGCCGCAACAUGGAGUCCUUCCUCAACGGUCUCCCUAACCCCGCCGCCAUUUUGGGAGCUGAGGCAGAGGGACUACAUCUCCCAGUAUGCUCAGCGCCGCAGCGCCAUCUUGCACAGCCGAUCGGCAAGGUAAGAAGGGCAAGUGGUAGUGGCGGCAAGCCGGGACAUGGCCCUCUUCCCGGCUUUUGCCGGUGCCGCCGAGCCCGGAAAGACCCCAGCCAGCAGCAGCGAGGGCUCCAGGAAAGAAUUGGACUGGCUUAGUAACCCAAGCUUCUCAACAGAAGAUGCACUAUUACUGCAUCAGUGCACUACAGAAGCUGCAAAACUCACCCCUGAAAAAUCACCACUAAUAAGGAAUACUUCAAGAUCAGAUCUGUCAGGGGAAAGUGAUACAGAUGAGAAUCUAAACAAGACAAGUAAGAAAAGGAAAAAGAAAAAGAAGAAGCAUCACCACCAUAAGAAGACAAAAAGGAAAACCAGAGGAGACUCCAGUAGCAGUGAAUCAGACCUGGACACUAAGUACAUCAAGGGCAAAGCCACAGAAAGUGGCAGAAAUCACGAAAAAGAAGCAGCAGCAAAUCUAGAUGAUAAAACAUCAAAUCUUACCAGCAAUCGCUUUGUUUGGCUUGAUGAUAUCCAGGCUUUCACAGCAGAAACAUUCAGAAUAGACAAGAAAUCAGAUCCUGCAAACUGGGCCUACAAAUCUCUAUAUCGAGGGGAUAUAGCAAGAUAUAAAAGGAAAGGAGAGUCCUGUCUUGGCAUAGAUGUGAAGAAACAACGUAUAACUUGGGCCAGUUCCGCAUCAGAAAAGAAGCGAUCACAGAGGCAACCUGAGCGCUAUUUCACAAAGAACAGUGUGAAGAUGCUGAACUCUGAUGGGAUUCCUGUUCACAAUAAAAGUUCUCUAUCUGACCCCACUGCUUUUAUACCAGUUUCCCAAAUGGAAACUGACGAUCAUCCUGACACAACAGAGGUAAAUCCUCUUGGGAUUUAUGAUCCAUCUACUACAAUGUGGCUGCAGGGAAAAGGGUGCAAGGCUACAGACCUCGAGUCUGUAAAGCAGCAGGCGUUCCAAGAGCCUGGGAUAAAUACUAACUCUGUUCUAAUGUCAAAAGUGGAGGAGCAUAACAAGAAGGUCAGAGAAAAUCCAAGAGAUAUUCAAGCUUGGAUGGAGUUUGUUUCUUUUCAGGAUGAAUUAAUGAGAGGACCUAGCCCUUAUGCCAGUAAGGGAGAGCAGGAAGUAAGAAGAAAAUCACUGAAGUUAAUCUUGGAAAAGAAACUAGCUAUUUUAGAGAGGGCUAUUGAAAGCAAUCCAAGUAAUGUUGAUCUGAAACUUGCCAGGCUGAAGCUUUGCGCAGAGUUCUGGGAACCACCAGCUUUGAUCAAAGAAUGGCAGAAGCUAAUUUUCAUACAUCCCAAUAAUCCAGAGCUGUGGAAGAAAUAUCUCCUGUUCUGUCAAAGUCAGUUCAGUACCUUUUCUGUUUCAAAAAUCAAUAGUCUCUACGGAAAAUGUUUGACUACAUUGGCAGCUGUACAUGACGGUAGUAUGGUAUCACAUCCGCUACUGCCUGGCACAGAAGAAGCUAUGUUAGCUGUAUUUCUUCAGCAGUGCCAUUUUCUGAGACAAGCUGGCCAUUCUGAGAAAGCGGUGUCUUUGUUUCAGGCUCUGAUUGACUUCACCUUCUUUAAACCUGACAGUGUAAAAGAUCUGCCAACAAGGGGACAGGUGGAAUUCUUUGAACCAUUUUGGGAUAGUGGAGAACCUCGGAUUGGAGAGAAGGGAGCAAGAGGCUGGAGCGCAUGGAUGCACCAACAGGAAAAGGGUGGCUGGAUAGCUGUUACCAAGCCUGAUGAUGAUGAUGAAGAGAUAGAUGAAGAUCAAGAAAUAAAGAAUAAAACUCUACCAAAAUGGCAAAUUUGGCUGGAUACUGAAUAUUCUCGUGAAGCAAGACAGUGGUUACCUUGGAGGCCAGACAAAACAGAAAAGCAGACUGAAGAAGACUGCGAAGAUCCAGAAAGACAGGUAUUAUUUGAUGAUCUUGGACCAUCUUUAAUCCAGCUUUCUAAUCCAGAUCUUCAGCGUCAACUACUGUACUCAUUUUUGCAAUUCUUGGGAGUUCCAUGUACAAGUAGACUCUUUCCUCCAAGCCUCUAUGUUGCCAUGGAUGAAAAUAACAUUUUUGAUAGCGUGCUUUCUGAUGAAAAGCCACUGACUUCUAUUGAUUUGCAACUUUCUGGAUUCAACAGUAUUGGUCAUAUGGAUACGAUGCUGCGAGGGAGAUAUCACAUAGGCCACUAUAAGGAAGGAGAGGAGUUCAUACAGAAUGUUUUUCAUGUUCUAUUCCUGCUAUUUUCAGGAAAGGAAAAAGCUAAUCUGUCCAUUUGUUGGUUACAGUAUGAAGUAUCUAAGGUAGUUCAGUGUCUUCAAACAAAAAACAAGAAGUUGUUGAAAGUACAAGGGAAGAAAAGUAAAAAAUUGGCCAAGAAUCUCCUUAAAGCACCUGACAACCGAAAUCACCUUUCCCUCUGGAAACUGUAUGCCUACCUAGAAUGGCUGCUUGGUAACGUUGAUGAUGCUAGGAAGGUAUUUGAUACAGCUCUUAGCACGGCAGGGACAGGAGGAAUGAAGAAUCUGCAGCUCUGCAGUCUGAGUCUGCUCUAUGCUCAGCUGGAAGUGGAACUUCUGGAAAGUCUAGAAGGAGCUGUCAUGUCACGUGCUGUUCAUAUAUUGACCAAAUUGGCUGAAAGUGGACCAUAUAUGCCUUAUAGUGGAGAAGUAUUAUCUGUAAAUAUCUUGAAAGCUAGGAAGACAUAUGAUCAUGCGUUGCAAGAUUAUUUAAAUAAAACCCCAGUUUCUAAUCAGGAUCAGGUCAGUGACUCUAAUCAGCUAGUUAACUUGGUUGGUUGUUAUGCAGUUUUCCAGUAUUUGACUGUUGGAAUUGAUGCUGCAGUACUAAUAUAUGCACAAGUUUUGGAAAAGCUUGAAGUUCUUGAUCCAAAGAAAUGUGAAAAUACUGGAGAGAAUCUUGGCAUUCAAAAUUUCCCUACUGCUCUUGAAGCCAUCACACUGCUGCGUACAAACUUACUCAGAUUCCACAUGAAAAUUAGUGUUUAUCCUUUGAAUCCUCUGCGAGAGGCACUAACAGAGGCUCUGAAACGGUAUCCUAGCAACCAGUCUCUUUGGAGAUCGUAUAUCCAGAUCCAAAGAAAGUCUCACAAUGCUAGCAAAGCACGAAGAUUUUUUGAUGGCAUCACAAGGUCUACUAACUCUUUAGAGCCAUGGCUGUUUGCAAUCCAAGCAGAGCAGAUGAGAAAAAAACUCAUUGAGAAUGUCCAAAGGGCAGAUGUUGGUGAAAUACAUUCUACUAUUCCCGAAACUGGAUUAACAAAUCGGAUUGUAGCUCUAUUUGAACACGCAGUUCAGAGUGAAAAUGGUACCCAUUGUCCACUGCUGUGGAGGAUGUAUUUGAACUUUCUGGCUUCACUGGGAAAAACAGAAAAAAGUAAAGGAUUAUUUUACAGAGCCCUUCAAAACUGUCCUUGGGCAAAGGUACUCUAUAUGGAUGCAAUAGAGUACUUUCCUGAUCAGCUGCAAGAGGCACUUGAUCUAAUGACUGAAAAAGAAUUAAGAGUGCGGGUACCUAUGGAAGAGCUGGAUCUACUUUUAGAGGUUUAAAAGAAGACAGUAGAAGAAUGGAGAAAGUACAGAAGCUAAUGCCAAAACUGGCAAUUAGAACUGUCUCUUUUCAACCAAGAACUCUGUUGGGACUUGGGUACUAUGUAUUUAAAAACAAACAAACUUACUAUAUAAAUUGCUAUCAAAAUGGAGUUCUACUAGCUGCAAGUAUACUGUAAGCAAGUACUGCAUUUUGCCCACAAAAAUGCAUCCAUUUUCUCUGAAGUAUUGCUGGCUUCCACAGAAGGAUACCCUCACAUUUCUUACUCUGUUGUUUGAAAUUACAUUCCCUAGAGCUCAGUGGAGAUUCAGUACAAGCCAAGUAUGGUUUGCUGAGGAGCACAGGAGGUAAACAUCUGCCAAAAGGAUGCUCCACUGUCCUCCAGUUGGCAGACUUCAGUAAUUUCCUUCAGCUUGGUAUGCGUGUGCGUAUAUAUAACUACCAAGUCAAACAGCAGCUAUAUCUGUUCAUAAACUGUUAGUAAAAGCCAAAUCUUUGCUUGAGCAGCACCUAUUUUGAACUUGUAUUGUAUGUUUUGACAAAUGACCAUUUUAAUAUGAAUAUUUAUGAAAAUAUACCAGAAUAUUUUUAAA